AUGGCAAGCCAAAUCUUCAGGGGAAACAGAGUGGCGCAGAGCCUCAGUGGUGACUUAGCAGUAAACAAUCAGCGUGAUUCCACUAACAGCAGUGCUUCAGAUUAUGGCCUUGCUUUGCACUGCAAGAAUCGUCGACUCAAACAGCCGCCGGGAAAGCCUGGUGACUCCUUGCCUAUGAGCCGGAGCCAUAACGAGGAGGAUGGGCUGAAGCGGUUGAAAGAUGUGGGUGAUAAGCAAACUCUCAUUACAGCCGCCGAGCUCGGGCUCAUAGAGCAAUACAGGAAACUGAAGCUGGAAGGUCAGGAGGUACUGCAAGUGGACUUUCCGUACCAUUACAGCAGUAUUCUGUACGCAUGCUACGGCAAUCAGUACAAGAUUCUUCAGCUGGUGGAGCGGGAGUUCUGUUCAGGAUUGGAGGAGCUGUUGCGGAUGCACACCACGCGAUGCUGGAUCGGGAAGAAUAGCGCCAUGGUAGCUGCGUACCAGGGUCACCUGGAGACGAUGCUUUACAUCAUAGAUCUGGACCUGCAGGGCAAGUUUCAGAAUGUGGAUCUCUUCAAGCAGCGAGACAUCCUGGGCAAGACGGCGAUGGACUGGGCGGCCUCCCAGGGCCACUCCGACACCAUCGAGGUGCUGCUGGUGCGCUCGCUGUUCAAGCUGCUGCCCCCGGACUGUACGGAGCCGCUGGUGGUGCGCACCCGGUGGAAGCUGGUGUCUCUCCUGGCCCGCCUGGCAGGCCACUGCCGCGACUACGACCCGGCAAGCAACCGUGGCUUCUUCCAAGAGGUAUUGGCAGCCAUUAAUUACAACCCGGCAACGGCCACGGCGGCGGCGGUGGUGGCGCCAGAGCCACCGGCCAAGAGUGCCGCUGGCGGCGACGGCGCCGGUGGCCGCGGCAGCAGCCGGAACGUAAGCCAGCGCUCUUUGAAAACAGCGGCGGGCAUUUAUGACAACAGCUGGGCCGAGCUGCCGGACCAGCAGCAGCAGGGAACGGGUUGUGCAGCCGUCCGCCAACCGCGCGGCGGUGUCAUCGGCGCUGUUGGCCGGGAGCCCGGCAGCGGUGUGGGCGGUAUCAGUAAGAAGUGGGCCGCAGCCGGCAGCACCGAUGACGGCGUCGGGGCUCUGACUCGCCUACCUUCCGCCUUCGUGCUGGACAGUCCAAGCGGCAGCGGUUCCAAGGAGGUGCACAUAACCCGGGAGAUGCUCUUAGACGUGGUGACGUCAGCAGUCCAGGGGGGAAUGAACUGCAUGGGCGUCAUCAUGUAUAUCCAGUCCCUACUGCAGCAGGCUCGGUACUUCGACGAUCUGGUGGCCGCUUGCACGAGCUGGGAGGUGCAGCUUCUGGACACGUGCCGCAACAAAUCCGAGGUGCAGUCGGUGCUCACCCCCACAGACUUGGACCCGUCUGAGCCGGUGGGCUUUGCUCUGGCUACCUUUGAUAAGGCCUUUCUGUCGCAUAAGUACAUACAGCAAAUCUUCACGGAAAAGUGGGACACGAUGGGAAUCACGGACUACUUCCGCAGCGUUCUGGGUGUGGUAUGGUUGUUACUGAUGUUGGUUUUGUCGUACAGCGGAUGGGCGGUGGUCUGCCCAGUGGCCAUCAUCCUGAGGUCCUUCUUCUCCCCCGUGGAAGACUUCCUGCAGCGCGGCAAAGUCAUUGUGGACAGCCGAUUUCCCUGGCAUGUGCCUUUAUACCGCUGGCUGCUAGCGCAGUGCUCCCUAAUUGUGUUUGUAGUGCUGCUCAGCUACCGCGUCUUCUCCGACAGCAUUGACGCCAACGUGAGCUCCUCCGUGAGCCCAGUCAACACACUGCUGGCCCUGUGGUGCCUGGCCAUACUGGUCGACGAGGCGCAGGAGUUCUUUGAAGAGGGCCGCACCGCCUACAUGGCCUCGGGCUGGAACCUCCUGGACGUCACCAUGUCCACCGCCUUCCUGCUGCAGUACUUGAUAAGAAUUGGGAUCGUGGCAGUCCAGGACGCCCGCAACAUCAAUGUCCUAUUGGGUGUCAACGACCUGUUGGCGGCGGCUGCGCUCAUGGCGUGGUUCCGAACAUGUCUUGUUCGAUGUCGUCGCGUACCCCUGCUUUUCCAAACAUUGAGGUCAAGGGUUAUGUUAUGGUGGAUGCAGAUGCUGCUCCAAGACGUGACUCGCUUCGCAUUGCUGGUGAUCGUGAUACUGCUGGGCUUCACUGUGGGCAUGGAGGCACUCUUUAAGGAUGUGUGCGUGGAGAUGGGCGUGAGCGGCGACUGCGUCAAGUACAGCAGCUGGGCGUACAACUGGCAAAAACACGGACUGCUGGGGGGUAUGGCUUUCCUUCAGUACGUUGCCCUAGGUAGCAUGCCGGUGACCGACUUCGAGCAGAAGCGCGUCACGGGACUCAUCUUUUAUCUAGUCUUCGCGGUCAUCACGAGCAUCCUGAUGCUCAACCUCUUCAUCGCCAUGCUGGCAGAUACAUACGCGCGCGUCUCUAAUAAGGCUCAGGUAGAGUUCCGGUACCGGAAGGCCGUCAUUAUGGCUUCCUUCAGCCGGCGUGAGGCCAUCUCCCCGCCCUUCAACCUGCUGCAUCUGGUCUUUGCCGCCAUCGGCAACCUGCUGCGCCGGCUGGUGUUCGGGCGCGGCGGCUUCACGGCGGUGCGGCUGAAGAAGAAUGAGGAGACACCCCUGUUCUCUUGGUACUUCCCGCAGGGUGAGGAGUUGUCCGCCGUCCUGGACCUUCAACAGCGGGUAGUGGGUGACUUCCUUCGAGCCGUGCGGGUGGCCUUGGCAAAGGACCAGCUGCAAGCAGACCUGCCCAUGCUAAUGCGCCAGUUGAUGGACCAUCAGAGGGAUGAUGAAGGGGAGGGACAGCAAGGGCUAAAGCGGCUGAGGGGUAAAGAGACGUGUCUCGGUGUUGAGGUGGUGCAGCAGGCCGCCACAGUUCGGGUAGUGCCUGGCGGCAGCAGCGGUGCUGGUGACGGUGUAGUAGCUGGUACGGCACAGUACGGCUCUACAAAUACGCGCGAAGCGCGACCGCCACCAGCAUCUCGAGAGGCCUUUUCAGCGGCUAGCUACUACAGACGGGGUGACCAGUUAGAGGGCACAAGGGUGCACACCAUGACGGGCCGAGGAGUUGGAUACUGUCGAGAGAUCCGCCAUGGUGUGCUGAACGUGGAUGUAUGGCCUGAUAGCGGGUACUUCGCAGCAGGCGCAGUGGCUACGCCCAGCAUGCCUCCUCCACCGCCGCCCGGCGCCCCUCCGCCCAAUAACAACAAUACCGGAGGAGGCGACAGUUUCACUCGCGCAUUGAUUGCUGCUGCUUUCGUCACGGGAGUGGGCAUCGGAGUUUACUUUGACAGCAACAUAACACUGUCGCCAACGAAUGUAGCUUCGACUGAGAUCGUGGACAGGCGCACGCCGAAUUCGGAGCUGUGCAUGGCUUAUGGCUACAGUGCGAUGGCGUUUGACCAGCGACUCUUUGUGUCCUUCAACCCAAGUUCAAGCACCGCAGUGCUCUUUUUGCUGCUUUCCUGGCAUUUCUUUUGUGGCAUGCAUAUCCAUAACACGGCGGCCAGUUGCGCUGCAGUGCAUCGUGUGUCGUCGUUUGAUACCCUGACGUUCAAUGUAUACGUGUCGCAACCCGAGGUCAAGCCGGGCUGCAUUCUGCGCCGCAGCAAUGUGAACGUGUUGGAGGGCAAGAAGCUCGUGUCAUCUCAGCAGGUUGACUCGUGCAAGCGCUCCAUGAACACAUUUGCGUUCGUGGGCGACCUGGACAACUCACCCGAGGUCAGUUGUGUAUACCACUCGGAGGAGGCAGAGAACCAGUACCUCCUGAACCCCAAGCGCCUGGUGCCUGCGGGGAGUGACACGACGGCAGGGCCGGCCGGGCAGCAGCAGCAGCAGCAGCAGGGGCUGGGACUGGGGCUGGGCACGGCAGCGCUUGGCGCUGGCGGGGCUCCGCAGGGGGGCUUGUGAGACAGUACUGCCUUUUCAUGUGCGUAUACGAGGCCCCAUGUGUGUUAACAUGCGGGCUGCAUGACAACAUAGUGUACGUUUUUUGUUUUGAGUGACAGUUGGCGGCACUUUUUUUCCAGAUAUACGAGGGUUGUGUCGUUGCGUUAGCACCGGAACCGUAUUGAUGAUGGUUUUUCGGUUGUGUUACAGCUUUAUAUUGCCAUGGAAUGGUUCUUUUCUCCAUACGUACCUAGAUUGGUGAGUUAUGAGGUGGUGGUAGGCCGUCCUCAUACAUAGGAAUUGCAGCAUAUGCCGCGUCGUACAUGCCUUGCCGUUUAUUUGUAAGGACGCGGAACCGAUCGAUCCGC